CUAGAAAUUUUCGCAUCUAGAAAAGGAACUAGUGUUGCUAAACAAUACGUUGUCUGUUUUUUUUGAGGAUAUUGGAUCCUGUUACAUGAUGCUAAAGGAAGGAAAACUUCCGGGAAUACGUUAAUACUACUAAAUAAAAUUUAAUGAAAGCUGGGACUGUCUGUCACCCUGGACAUUUGCAGCUGAGGAAGAAGAACCAUUUCAAGGAAUGGAAGAGGCUCAUAGCUUGUUGCUGAAUGAAGAAGCAUAUAAGCAACUUGGUGAAGUCGAAAAGGCUGAAUUUGUUUUUGAGUGGCUGAGAUUUUUGGAGAAACUUUUACUAGCAACCAGCAGGGCUGACAUAAGGGAGAAACAGAAGACACUUGUUGCACAACUAACAUCUCUGUUAAACAGUUCGCCAGGGCCACCCACCAGAAAGCUCCUUGCCAAAAACCUAGCCAUACUUUACAGUGUUGGAGACACAUUUUCUGUUUACCAAACAAUUGACAAAUGCAAUGAACUCAUUCGCAGCAAAGAUGAUUCACCAAGCUAUCUUCCCACUAAACUUGCCGCUGUGGUGUGCUUGGGUUCGUUGUACAAGAAAAUGGGAAGAAUAUUGGGAAACACUUUUGUGGACACAGUGGGGAAUAUACUCAAGGCUAUGAAGAGUGCAGAGUCCCAAGGUCGCUAUGAGAUUAUGCUGAGUUUACAGAACAUUUUGAAAGGACUGGGAUCUGCUGCCACCCCAUGUCACAGGGAUAUUUAUAAAGCUGCCCGUUCAUGCUUAACUGAUCGAUCCAUGGCAGUUCGCUGUGCUGCUGCAAAGUGUCUCCUUGAACUUCAAAAUGAAGCUGCCUUUAUGUGGAGUACAGACCUGGAUAGUGUUGCAACACUGUGUUUUAAGUCCUUUGAAGGUUCCAGUUAUGAUGUGCGGAUAUCAGUUUCAAAGCUCUUAGGCACAAUAUUGGCAAGACCUCUAAUGUCUAAACAGGGAGCAGCCUCCCGACAAAAUAUUCGCAGAGUCACUCUUGAAGAAGUCAUGGAAUUAUUAGGAACAGGCUUCCUCCGUGGCAGUUCCGGUUUCCUUCGAGCCAGUGGAGAUAUGUUGAAAGGAACCAGUUCGGUCAGCAGAGAUGUUCGAGUUGGAAUUACUCAGGCAUAUGUGGUAUUUAUAUCCACACUAGGAGGACUGUGGCUAGAAAGGAAUUUUGCUGCCUUACUUUCCCAUGUUCUAAGCCUGGUGUCACAGUCUCACCCUAAAGCCUUCCAAACUCAGGCGGAUGCUAUCUGCUGUCGCCGUUGUGUUUCAUUUAUCCUUCGAGCUACUGUAGGAGGCCUUCUUGGGGAAAAAGCUCAAAUUUCAGCUGCCAAAGAUAUUUGUCAGACCAUCUGGAGGCUGAAGAAAGUUGUGGAUGCCGUAAUCAGUGAUGGUAACUUGGAAACCCGGACGAGCACUACAGAUGUUUCUACCAGUCAGCAUGUUCUAGUGUGUGCUUUACAAGAACUUGGCAAUCUCAUUUAUGGUCUUGGCACUACAGCUGUGCCUUUGCUACAGGAUUCAACUUCAGGGGUUCUCGACAUGGUGACUUCAAUUAUUCUUCAUCCCAGCAUUUCAGUUCGACUAGCAGCGGCUUGGUGUUUACACUGCAUUGCGGUAGCAUUGCCAUCUUAUCUAACACCACUUUUGGGUCGCUGCAUUGAUCGACUUACCACACUCAAGUCCUCACCUGAAGCCAUUAGUGGCUAUAGCUUUGCUGUGGCUGCUCUGUUGGGAGCAGUGAAACAUUGUCCUUUAGGAAUUCCACAUGGAAAAGGAAAGAUUAUAAUGACAUUAGCAGAAGAUUUGCUGUGUUCCGCUGCUCAGAACAGUCGUCUUUCAAUACAGCGCACGCAGGCUGGAUGGCUGUUGAUAGCUGCUCUCAUGACACUAGGUCCUGCGGUUGUCAGUCAUCAUCUUCCCCGAGUAUUGUUGUUAUGGAAGUGUAUCUUCCCACUAUCUCCUAAGGAUCUGGAAACGGAAAAGAAUAGAGGAGAUUCAUUUACGUGGCAGGUGACAUUGGAAGGACGUGCAGGUGCACUGUGUGCUAUCAAAAGCUUUAUUUUUCACUGUGGAGAUCUUCUUACAGAUGAAGUCAUUCAGAGACUCCUUCCUCCUCUACCAUGUGCUGUUGAUUUGCUAACUCGGCUUUCGUCAAUUCAGAAAACAUAUGGGAGCCCUUUGAAAACUCCAUCAGUAGUUUAUAGACAGAGGCUCUAUGAACUAUUGGCUUUACUACCUCCUGAGACCUAUGAAGGAAGUAUCUGUGCUGUUCUCAAAGAGCUGGUUGCUGACUUAACUGCCCCAGACACCCAAAUGGUGGCAUCCACAUUCUUGCUUCCACCCCUCUGUCACCAGGAUGAUCUCUUGAUACUGAGCCCUUUGCUGCAAGAUACUGACCACAGAUUUAUCGAAGAACAGCUCCUGUUAGGAAAUGGCAUAGCUGGUGGAAGCCUUGAAUAUGAUCCCUAUUCGAUUUUUGAAAAAGAUAUAGAAGGGGACUCAGUGCCGAAGCCCCUGCCACCAGUGAUUUCGGUCAUCAGCUCUGCAGCCAAACUGUUUGGGGUUGUUUGUUCCCAUGUGGCAGAUGCUCAAAGGCUCCAGCUCCUGGAACAGUUGUUGGAAUCCAUAAAACAUGUGAAAGGACCCCGUCAACAAGUAGCACAAUUAAAUUGUCUGUCUGCCUUUUCCAGUUUUCUGAAGCACAUGGCCGGGUCCAAAGGAAGCAUGGGUUCGGAAGAAAUUAGAAAACCUGCCCUGACAUUAGUGAUGGGAGCCGUAGAAAGUUCCAGUCCUCUGCUGAGGUGCGCUGCUGCCGAAGCUUUGGCCAGGUUGGCUCAAGUCGUUGGCGAUGGAUCCUUCACUGCUGGAAUAGCUCAAAUUAGCUUUGACAGACUGAAGUCGGCAAGGGAUGUUGUAUCAAGAACAGGACACUCUCUGGCUCUGGGAUCCCUAUAUCGAUAUUUAGGAGGAAUAAAUUCAAUUCAACACCUGAACGCUUGUAUUGGAAUCCUUUCUACUUUGUCUCAGGACAGCACUUCUCCUGAUGUACAGACUUGGGCACUGCACUCACUGUCACUGGUUAUUGACUCUGCUGGCCCACUGUAUCAUGUGCAUGUGGAACCUACCCUCUCCCUUGUAUUCAUGUUGCUGUUAACUGUGCCUCCUUCUCAUGCUGAAGUUCACCAGAGUCUUGGACGUUGUCUAAAUGCCCUUAUCACCACUCUGGGUCCUGAGCUGCAAGGUAAUAGUUCUUCCAUUUCUGCCUUAAGAACAUCUUGUCUCUUGGGUUGUGCAGUGAUGCAGGAUAACCCAGACUGCUUUGUUCAAGCUCAAGCCAUCUCUUGCCUUCAGCAGCUUCAUAUGUUUGCUCCCCGCCACGUCAAUCUAUCCAGUCUGGUCAGCUGCCUCUGUGAGAUCUUGUUGGAUAAUUCUGUUUUGGUGAAUCUCUGUAGUUCGUACUUGUUACUAAGAAGAGCAGUUCUUGCUUGUUUACGUCAACUUGUUCAGAGAGAGGCAGCUGAGGUUUCAGAACAUGCCGUUGCCCUUGCUAAAGACAGCAGGGAAGACUUAACUCCAGAUGCUAACAUCCGGGAAGUGGGCCUCGAAGGGGCAUUGUUGAGCUUGCUGGAUAAAGAGUCGGACCAGAGAUUACGCCAGGAUAUCCGGGAGACUCUGAGUCACAUGCUUACGUCGAUGGCCGUUGAAAAACUCUCUUUUUGGUUAAAACUCUGUAAAGAUGUCCUUGCUGCCUCUGCCGAUUUUACCUCUGUAGCUUGCAUAGAGCCAACUCAGGAAGAAGAUGGAGAUAAAGGGGAUGAUGCUUCUGUUUUAACCAUCAGAAACGACGAGAAAUCCCGUCCUUUCAGCAACCCAAGAUGGGCUACCCGUGUCUUUGCGGCCGAGUGCGUCUGUAGAAUCAUCAGCCAAUGUGAGACUGCAAGCAGUGCUCAUUUUGACAUUGCUUUGGCUCAGGAAAUGAAGGGAAGAGAUUCAAGAAAUGACUUUUUGGUUUUGCACCUUGCCGAUUUGAUCCGUAUGGCUUUUAUGGCGGCCACAGACCACAGUGACCAACUCCGGCUCUCUGGCCUUCAGACGUUGCUAGUUGUUGUUCGGCAAUUCGCCUCUGUUCCAGAACCAGAGUUUCCAGGUCAUGUGAUUCUGGAGCAAUAUCAAGCUAAUGUUGGAGCAGCACUUAGACCAGCCUUUGCUUCGGAGACCCCUCCCGAUGUCACUGCCAAGGCUUGUCAGGUAUGCAGUGCCUGGAUAGCGAGUGGAGUUGUAAGUGACCUUGGUGACCUCCGAAGGGUUCAUCAGUUGCUUGUAUCUUCACUGACGAAAAUACAAGCGGGAAAAGAAGCUCUAAGUCAGCUAUACAAUGAAAGUGCUUCGACCAUGGAGAUCUUGGCUGUGCUCAAAGCCUGGGCGGAGGUUUACAUUGUUGCUGUAGAAAGACAAAAAAAACAAACAGAGAAUGACAAGCAAGCUGUGAAAACCACCAAUACUGUGGAUGAGAGUGCUGGAGAUGUGAUUUCUUCAGUCGAUGGCCUUCUGGACUUAGUUCAGACAGAUCUUGGAACACUGAGCAAACUCUGGCUUGCUGCACUGCAAGAUUUUGCUCUUCUGACUUUACCGUUAGAGUUUGCCUCCCAGCUUCCUAUUGAAGGUGGUGCUUUCUAUACUGCAGAGACUAGUGAAAAUGCUAAACUGCAUUAUCACAACUCCUGGGCAGUCAUUCUUCAUGCUACAGCUUUAUGGCUUACCAGCACAGGCUUCAUUAUAGCCGACCCAGAUGACGGAGCAGCUAAUCUCUCCCGACCUGUAACCCCAACUACAAUGUGUCAGGGUUCGUCAUCUGGAGCUGCAGCCAAAUCCCCCGAGGAUGUCAAUACCGACAGAUUUCACCUUAUCUUGGGAAUCAGUGUGGAAUUUCUCUGCUCCUUACGUUCAGAUGCAACAAUGGAAAGCAUCACAGCUUGUUUACAUGCAUUGCAGGCCCUGCUGGAUGUUCCUUGGCCGAGAUCGAAAAUAGGGAGUGAUCAGGAUUUGGGCAUAGAGCUGUUGAAUGUGCUACAUCGAGUCAUACUAACCAGAGAGUCUCCCACCAUUCAGCUGGCUGCCCUGGAAGUGGUCCGGCAGAUUAUCUAUGCAGCUCAGGAGCAUGUGAGGGAGAAACGACGAAGUGCCGAAGUUGAUGAUGGUGCUGCUGAAAAGGAAACGCUGCCAGAAUUUGGAGAGGGCAAAGACACCGGGGGCCUGGUUCCUGGGAAAUCUCUGGUAUUCGCGACUUUGGAGUUGUGCGUAUGCAUUCUUGUACGGCAACUCCCGGAGCUAAACCCUAAGCUGACAGGCAGCCCGGGAAUGAAAGCUGCGAAGCCACAGAUGCUAUCAGAUGAUGGAAGUAAAUUGGUUUCCGCAGCACUGAUGAUCCUCUCUGAUCUCCCUGCAGUGUGCUCUCCUGAAGGAAGCAUUUCAGUUCUCCCUACCAUUCUGUACCUCAUCAUUGGCGUCCUCCGAGAAACGGCUGUGAAGUUACCUGGGGGCCAGUUAUCUUCAACGGUUGCCGCUGCUCUGCAGGCUCUGAAGGGAAUUCUGUCUUCUCCCAUGGCUCGAGCAGAGAAGAGUCAUACGGCUUGGACAGACCUCCUUCGCAGCGCUUUAACCACAAUUCUGGACUGCUGGGAUCCAGAUGGAAUGCAACAAGAACUUGAUGAAAUCAGCUUACUUACGGCCGUGACGGUAUUUAUUGUGUCUACAAGUCCAGAAGUGACGACCAUUCAGUGCCUUCAGGAGCGUUGUAUUGAGAAGUUUAAAACAACACUUGAGUUAAAAGACCCUGUAGUACAGAUCAAGUGCUACCAGCUGCUCCUUUCCAUUUUUCAGUAUCCAAACCCAGUUGUAUCCUACCCUUACAUUCAUUCUUUAGCACCGUCCAUUGUAGGGAAGCUGCAGGAAAUAGAUAAAAGGAAACCGGAGGGUGCUUCUGAGCUUCAAGUCAUUCAGGAAGGCGUAAAAGUCUUAGAAGUUCUCAUAGCCGUGGCUGAAGACCAACACCGACCUCAGUUGGUGGGCUGCCUUCUGCCCAUCCUCAUUUCAUUUCUUUUGGAUGAGAAUGCCCUGGGGUCGGCCCCGGCUACUGCGAGAAAUCUGCACGAGUUUGCCCUGCAGAAUCUCAUGCAGAUCGGCCCCCAGUACUCAUCUGUCUUCAAAAGCCUUAUGGCUGCUUCUCCAGGCAUGAAAGCACGGCUGGAAGCGGCUGUCAAGGGCAAUCAGGAGAGCCUCAAACUUAAGGCCACGCCUAAACACGCCAAGAAUCCUGGAAAGAAUUCAAGCAUUCAGCUGAAGACCAGUUUCCUCUAAUGUCCACACAUUUUUAUUGUAAGCACAACACUCCAAGAGGGCGAGACUUCCGUUUCCACAUGUUCAGGAAGGGGCGUGGUGGUUUAGGCCCCCAUCCAUUGGGAAAGCUGGUUGAUUAUGUUAAAAGGAAUGUAUUGACGGACUUAAUUUGCCUUAUCCAGCAAUUACCUUCUAAAGUCACGGUAAACUAAAAGCAAUUGUGAUGGGUCUUGAAUUUUCAUUGAUCUGUGUCAGAAUUCUAGGGUCGAUACCAGAUAUUAGAAAGGAACUAAUGAAUUUUUCUCAAGAUUUCCUGAAAUUGAAAUGGAUCAUUUCCGAUUGCACGUGUGGUAGAGUUAAUGCUGUUACAGACACGGAUCUAACGGAAGUGCAAAUUACCUACGGUUCCUAACCUUUCCAAAUUGCUCAUUUAAAAUCACGCCCCAGUAAGUAAAUGUUUUAAGUCUUCUUGAAAUUCUCAAACAAGAUUAAAUUAUUAAGCCACUUAGACCAACAUGGUUUGAGGUAAUGUUGAUAGGUUUCACGACGUUUUAAUAAGGCCUAGAAUUACCCAGUGUUUCAAUACAGCUUUGCAGUCGCGCGGCUUAAGCGUGUUAUCGCUAAAGAAAGUCUCAAGUCUCAUUUUUCAGAAUGGUUUGGUUUUUUUAUUUUGUCGUGCAUUACUCAGUUCAGAAAAUGAAAGCUUUGCUAAUACUGUGCUGGGUGGAGCAUCUCCUUUUAAAGCCUCAUUUACUGUCUUAUCUCUGCGUCCUGACCCCCUCAUAGAUGUGGUGUUUUUAUGUAUGGAACACCCCCGUCCCGUUCCCAUUCAUGAGUACAUUAUACAGUGCACAUAUAUAUCCUUAUAUCCAUUUGUUGGGAUCAGAGUGGACAGAUGGAAAUAGGUCAGAUUGUGUACCACACGAUCUCAGAUCAUGAAAUAAUGAAAGAGAUCCCAUUUGCUCUCAAGGAACAGAUUUUUAAAUCGGAAAAUUGAAUGGAAUUAAGAACCUCAUCAUGGCUGGAAAGCAUUUUGUAACUGUGGUGAUGGCUGCUGUCUUUCUCCCCUCUCACUAGUAUCGCCCUGUGUGAACCAAAUACCUGUGCCCAAACGAGCUCUGCAUUUCCUCGCUAAAAACGAAUAACCAAAUGGAUAGGCUCAACUUCAGAAACAGGAAACACACUUCUGCUCAAGUGUGUGAUGUACUGUAUUUUAUUAUUAAGUUUUGUAUAUAAAAACUAUUGUAAAUUGUACAGAAUUAACCAUUUGACAGAUUCUAACAUGGUGAUUCAUUUUUCUAAUUUGCAUAAAUAAAGCUAAUUUUCUC